GCCCAUUUUAGUGACGGACGAGGUGGGCUUUCUAAUAGGUUCAUCUUAGUGCAAUUACCGUUUUACUCAUUCGAGUCAAUUAAGAAUUUGUUUGAGUACCCUUUGGGCAAGCUGUGGCAUUUCCGGCGCUGUAGUGUGAACCGAUUGAAAGUUGGGAGUUAAGCGAAGGGUGUGGAAGGAUUUCUGAAAAGAUGGGCCUACAAGUUUGGUGUGUAUACUUCUGCCUGUGUGUGGCAUACAGUUUAACCAAGCCCACUGAGAAGAAAGAACGUGUUCACCAUGACCCUCAGCUCAGUGAUAAAGUGCAUGAUGAUGCCCAGAACUUUGAUUAUGACCAUGAUGCCUUUCUUGGAGCUGAGGAAGCAAAAACAUUUGAUCAGCUCACACCUGAGGAGAGCAAAGAACGGCUUGGCAUUAUUGUAGCUAAAAUAGACGUGGAUAAGGAUGGGUUUGUGACGCAGGAGGAACUGAAAGCCUGGAUUAAGAAGGCACAGAAGAAGUACAUCUAUGAAAGUGUGGCACAGCAGUGGCAUGAAUUUGACAUGAAUCAAGAUGGGCUCAUCUCCUGGGAUGAGUACAGAAAUGUGACGUAUGGCACUUACCUGGAUGAUCCUGACCCAGAAGAUGGGUUCAACUACAAGCAAAUGAUGACAAGGGAUGAACGCAGAUUCAAAAUGUCUGACAAGGACGGUGAUGGUGUUGCUACUAAAGAGGAGUUCACAGCCUUCCUGCAUCCAGAAGAAUAUGAUUACAUGAAGGAUAUUGUAGUGCUGGAAACAAUGGAAGACAUUGAUAAAAAUGGAGAUGGCACAAUUGAUUUAGAAGAGUAUAUUGGUGACAUGUACAGUCAUGACAAGGAUGCUGAAGAGCCAGAAUGGGUCAAGACUGAGCGUGAGCAGUUUGUAGAGUUCAGAGACAAAAACCAUGAUGGAAAAAUGGACAAGGAGGAAACUAAAGACUGGAUCCUGCCUUCAGACUAUGAUCAUGCUGAAGCUGAAGCUCGCCACCUAGUAUAUGAAUCUGAUCAGAACAAGGAUGGCAAACUUACCAAAGAAGAAAUUGUCGACAAAUAUGAUUUAUUUGUUGGAAGCCAAGCUACUGACUUUGGUGAAGCUCUAGUAAGACAUGAUGAGUUCUAAAUAUCUACACAAAAAGAAAUUAUCUCCUGCCUGGGGAAAAAUGCUUCCAGACCCAUUUGCUAACCCAGAAAUAAUUUAUUUUUAAAGCUUUCAUUCUAAUGCAGAGUCAGUUGUCCUUUUGAGACUGUUUUGGUCAAAAGAGAAUGUUUAAUAAUUCAGUCUGCCACUUUAAAGGAGUACAGUGCACGGUGCAGACAUGAGCAUUUUUGUAACUAAAUCAUUCUUAGAUUUAUACUCAAGUUUUAUGUAUAGUACUACUUUUUAUUUUUGUAAGUUUUUGUGUGAAAUGAAGACCGCUUCUGCUUUUCACUUUUUUAGUAGCAAGAAUAAAUGUUUUAUUAUAAAUAAACUGCAAGCAGUGUAGCGCAGGUUAGACCUAAGGUGCUUAUUUUUGUUAAAUUGUGUAUGGACUGACUAUUUUUAAACACAUGCCUAUGGAGCACAAUGGUGUCGUGUACUGCUGUCAGUAAAACUAGAGCUGUCAAAUGCUU